AUGUUGUUGCACCAAUGCGUGUCAGCCACCAUCUUCCAGAAGGUAUCGAAGGCAGGCACGACGAAGGAGAUCUGGGACAUUCUUCAAGAAGGCUAUGGCAACAUAAGCAAAGUCAAGAAGAUCAAACUACAGUCACUCCAAAGACAAUACGAACUCUUAGGCAUGGGAGAGCAAGAAUCGAUUGUUGAGUAUAUAGGUAGGAUACAAGUGGUGGUGAAUUCCAUGAGAGCGUGCGACAAGGUGGUGAAGGACAAGAAAAUAGUGGAGAAAAUUCUUAGAACGCUAACCCCGCAGUACGACCAUAUCGUUGUAGCAAUUGAAGAUUGCAAAGACGUGGAAAACAUGAAAGUAGAAGAGUUGCAGAACUUGUUGGAGGCCCAUGAACAACAUCUGCUUGAACGAAAGAAAGCCGAAAAUGAAAUGGGUUCGAAUCAAGCUUUAUUAGUAAGAAGCAGCUUUAAACCCAGAGGACGAGGUGCUGGAAGAAGCAGAGGUCGAUGGGGAGGCAAAUUCGGAGGAAGAAGUGUGAAUGUCUCUGAUCAGGUUGUUGGAGAAGAGUGCAACGACAACAAAAGAGGCAGAAAGCAAAUGGGAGGGAGAGGUAGAAAGAAUGUUGAUAAGAGAAACAUCCAGUGCUAUACAUGUAGCAAGUAUGGGCACUACUCAAGCGAAUGUUGGCACAACGAAACUGCAAAGAAGAAUAAGGAAGAUGAAGUUAAUCUAGCACAGGAUGGAGACGUAGGUUAUUCUGAUUCAGAUAAUGUUCUUUUAAUGAGUGUUACAGAUUCUAAUAAAGAAGUGAAACGGUGGGAAUUAGCACAAGAAAGGUGUUGGAACAGGUGCAAGACUGAGACAUGCAGUAAAGACAAAUGUCGAGAAAUCGAGAUGCGAAAGAACGAGAUUUGCAACGAAGACAGAUGUCAAGAAGUGAACAAACAUGUGUUGAUAUCUCAAGACUCAAGCCAUGCAGAAAAAGAAGAUUCUUGGUACUUAGAUAUGGGUUGCUCUAACCACAUGACAGGCAAGAAGGAGUGA